GCUCGCAGUACACAAUAAUGUACAUUUCCUAUAUGAUUACACACACGGAGUGAGAGAAGGAAUAUAAUAACAGGUGUCACCGGCGGACUAGACACGGUUCCUCCAUUACAAGCACUCGCCGGGCCGGGAGCGGGGUGAGCUGAGGAGGCGCGGCAUAGUGACGUCCUCAUAACGUAGUCCGGACCGACAAGUGUGGCGCUGGCGGGAAAUAAAGAUGGAGGUGGAAAUGGAGGAUGUCCCGAGCGGGGAGCAGGGGAAUAAAGAGCAGCAGGCUUCGGGGAGUAAGGGGCCUGCCGGGACCUAUGAGCUGCCAUGGGUAGAGAAAUACAGACCAAUAAAGCUCAAUGAAAUCAUCGGUAAUGAAGAAACCGUUAGUCGACUUGAGGUGUUCGCAAGAGAGGGAAAUGUUCCAAAUAUCAUAAUUGCAGGUCCACCUGGAACUGGUAAAACCACAAGUAUUUUGUGCUUGGCUCGUGCCCUUUUGGGUCCAGCACUCAAGGAUGCUGUCCUAGAACUGAAUGCUUCAAAUGAUCGAGGCAUUGAUGUGGUGAGAAACAAGAUCAAAAUGUUUGCACAGCAAAAGGUUACACUUCCAAAAGGUCGCCAUAAGAUCAUAAUACUGGAUGAAGCAGACAGCAUGACAGAUGGAGCUCAGCAAGCUUUAAGAAGAACUAUGGAGAUCUAUUCCAAGACCACACGAUUUGCUUUGGCUUGCAAUGCAUCUGAUAAAAUUAUAGAACCCAUUCAAUCUCGAUGUGCUGUGCUUCGCUAUUCAAAGCUUACAGAUUCACAGGUUCUUUCAAGGCUAAUGGUCAUCGUAGAGAGGGAGAAGGUUGAGUGCACAGAUGAUGGUCUUGAAGCAAUUGUGUUCACAGCACAAGGAGAUAUGAGACAGGCUUUAAAUAAUGUGCAGUCUACACAUGCUGGCUUUGGGUAUGUGAACAGUACAAAUGUGUUUAAGGUUUGUGAUGAACCACAUCCACUGUUGGUGAAAGAAAUGUUACAGCACUGUGUGAGUGCAAACAUUGAUGAAGCAUACAAGAUAGUGGCUCAUCUUUGGAGACUAGGUUACUCCCCAGAAGACAUCAUUAGCAUUAUCUUUCGUGUGUGCAAGACUUUCCAGAUGCCUGAAUAUCUCAAGCUGGAAUUUAUUAAGGAAAUUGGCUACACACACAUGAAAAUUACAGAGGGUGUAAAUUCUCUUCUACAAAUGGCUGGACUCCUUGCACGUCUGUGUCAGAAGACCGCUGUUUCCACAAGCUAAUGGAUGUACUACUGAUAUGUUAUGACAAUUUCCCUGUAAUUUUUUUUAUAUGUCUUAUUGAUAAAGGAUAUCUAUUAAGGUCUAAAAAAAAAAAAAAGUGUACCUGU